UGAGGCGCUGCUGGGACGGGGCGUGGGGGGGAGGAGGAUUAGGGGCUGUAGGGCGGCAGCCAAGGUGAGGCGGGGUGAGCGGUGCCGCGUAGAUGCGGGGUUUGGGGGAGCGAGGGCUGUGGGGUGAGUUCGGAUUUUGUAAGGCUGAUGCAGAGCACGGGAUGGGGCCGGCUUGGGCCGGGGAGCGGGACUUCAGGGCGUGGGGACGUGUGAGCUGAUGGGAGCGCGGGGCUGCGAGCCGUGACGCUGGGGGCACGGGCACAGCGGGAGCUGCUGCCGACGGUACGGCGGCCCGCGGUCUGUCUGAGUGCUCUGGGGCUGCAGCCGUGCUUGGCUGCUCCGGCCCUCGGGUCUGGGGCCUGUGCUCUGACAGCUCCUCUGUGAUUUCUCUUUCCCUGGUGAGACUUGAGGCAUUUGGUUCCCGUGGGUGAUCUCUGCUUGGAGCGGAGAUUUGGUGACUUUGUUAUGUUAGGGAGUCUGUAGGGAGUCUGAAGGAGGAUUUUUAAGGAUGAGGGGGUGUGUUUUGUUUCUGGAUGGUGGCUUUGGCACAAUUUGGAAGGUAUUUGAGGGAGCGGAUAGAAGGCAGGGAAAGAUAACCUUACAGCUGCUAUUGUCAUCUGUGGUCAUGUUACAGAAGUGACUGGAGAAAGCUUUGUCUCAUCAUAGACCUACAAAGAGAAGAGCUGUACCCCAGCUCCCAUCAGCCAUAUGGCACUUGUGACAAACCUACCUUGAAAGGCGAGGGGGCUGGCAGGAGUCCUGUGGUGUCUCUGACCCUGUAUAGAGUCAUGCAUCAGAAAGUAUUUAAUUACAGCAUCCUUGAGUGAAAGGAGAGGUUUUCCUCUAACCUCACUGCCUUUUGUGUAAUUGUUGGAAGAAACACGUUGAGCUUCCUUCGUGUGCCGCUGAGUGCUAAAUUAAGUGUAACUUGACAGGUAGGAGGGGGAGCUUGGUGCUGUCACAGGCAUUUUGGGCUGCAUAGGUCAGCAUGUGUCAGAGAAGGCUGAGUUUGUUUUUAUUAAAGCAUGUGAAGAGAGGGAUGAUGCUGUUAGAGAAAGCCAUCAUGAUCACUGGAAAUUACUGCACACACACUGUAAGGGAACUGGGGAGAUGUAAGGAGUGGCAAGUGUGUGGAAAUUAUAUAUGGAAGGAUGGCAGUGAAAGGGAGGUGUCAGGGAAAGCUGGUGGAUUUCAAGUUAGAAUACAGCAAAGGGUAAAUUGCUUGCUUCUGUUUAGCCUCGCACUCUAGGAAUAUCACCAGAGAAGGGCAGCCCUUCCAGUAAGGGAAGCUUACUGGGAUGCAAGGUGCACAACAACUGGUCCUGCUGGAGCUGAGCUUGCACUUCAGCUGCGCUGUGUGCUGCUGCUCUACGUGCUGCUGGGCUCGUGUGCUUCUCUCAUGCACAGUGAAAUCAAGCAGACAUCUGAAACCAGAACAAGCUUGCUGGAGUAGAGGGAGGGGGUUCAUAGCCACAAGAACAUGGGUGGCUAGUUGUGGUCAGAUCAUUGCUCUUCAGCUCUUUCCUGUUGGUGAGGUCACUAGCACCUUUGUCUAAAUACUGCGUUCAGGCUUUGAAAAUGUAGAGCAGCUUAGUGCUCAGCUGUGGGACUAGUGUGUAUCUGACCUUCUACACCAUGGCAGAGGUCAGAAUCACAAGCUUGCAGAAGCUGUGCUCUGGAAUGAGAUGGUGGGAUCCUAGGUGUGAAGGAGUGCUCUGCUUUGUACCCAAGCACAGUGCCUGCUUGCUACCAUGCUCCUGUUUUUCUCCAAGAGGCUUUGCCAGCAGCUCCCAGUCUCACUUGAGGCACCUCUUCUUCAGCCUGUGCUGUCCACCCUGCAGCCAGCUGGACUCUCCUUUUUCCUCAUGGCUCUCCUUGCCAUGCCUCCUAUCCCUCUCCCCUCUGUGCCAAGUGGAACUGGAAGUGCUGUCUUUGGAGCCAGGGCUGCUUGCUAACAGAAAAUGUGGUCAUCCCUUCUUCCAUCCCUGGAGACCUCUCUCCAAUAAACAGCACAACCUAAUACUGGAAUUAACUGCUUUAGGAAGAGCCAGUAAAUGCUGGCAACAGCAGGAUACACUAGCUGAGGCAAGGCCCAGAUGAAACCUUUGGGCUUUCCGAUAGGUGGGUGCCCCACCAAUUGUGUAGGGAAGCCCUCAGCAGGGCAGAGAGGUGAAGGCUCCUGGGCAAAGAUAGUGAAUCCUGGGGACCAAAGGCACACAGAGCUGUUUUACUGGGCGAGUGUCGCUAGCUGUGGGGGUAGGGGCCCUUCUGCUGGGCUUUUGUAGGAUAUGGCAGAUCCUCACCAAGGCCUUCUGUGGAGUGACUCUUCCCACAGUUCAACUGCAGGAGUGAAAGAUGGAAGCUGGACUAUUCUGCAGCUUGUGGAAGCCUUGGGAUUCUGCCUGGAAAACACCGAUCCCCGGACACGAGGGCGAGGCAUCCAACUGCUGUCACAAGUGCUGCUGGAGUGUCACUCCUUGCUCCAGGAGAAGGAAGUUCUGCACCUGGUCCUGUUUUAUGAGAACCGGCUGCAAGAUCAUCACCUCUUGAUCCCUUCAGUGCUCCAGGGUCUGCGUGCACUGAGCUUAUGUGAGGUGUUGGCCCCAGGGCUAGCAGUUUCUGUGCUCAAAGCCAUCUUCCAGGAGGUGCAUGUGCAGUCCCUGCUGCAGCAGGACCGCUACACGGUCUACAGCAUCAUCACCAACUUCAUGGCCACCAGGGAGGAAGAGCUGAAGGGCCUGGGUGCCGACUUCACUUUCGGCUUCAUCCAGGUGAUGGAUGGGGAGAAAGAUCCCCGCAACCUGAUGGUGGCCUUCCAGAUUGUGCAUGAUCUCAUUGUCAAGAACUAUGCCCUGGGUCCCUUUGUGGAGGAGCUGUUUGAAGUGACAUCCUGCUAUUUCCCUAUUGAUUUUACUCCACCCCCCAACGACCCACAUGGCAUCCAGAGAGAAGAUCUGAUCCUUAGCCUCCGAGCUGUACUGGCCUCCACACCACAGUUUGCUGAGUUCCUGCUCCCUCUGCUCAUCGAGAAGAUGGAUUCAGACCUGCAAAGUGCCAAGCUUGACUCCCUGCAGACUCUGACUGCUUGCUGUGCCAUCUAUGGUCAAAAGGAGCUACAAGAAUUCCUCCCUAGCCUCUGGUCAUCCCUGCGCAGGGAGGUGUUCCAGACAGCGAGUGAGAAGGUCGAGGCAGAGUGCCUCUCUGCAUUGCAUGCCCUUUCUGCUUGUCUCUCCCGUUCUGUGCUCAGCUCAGAUGCCGAGGACCGGCUGGACUCCUUCCUUAGCAGCAUUCUGCAAGAUUGCAGGCACCAUCUGUGUGAGCCUGACAUGAAGCUGGUAUGGCCAAGUGCCAAACUCCUGCAGGCAGCAGCAAGUGCCUCCCUCCGCAGUUACCACCGUCUCACCCACAGCAUCCUUCCCCUGCUGCUGGAGCAGUACAACAAGCAUUCACAGAGCAGCCAGAGAAGGACAAUCUUGGAAAUGCUCCUGGGUUUCCUGGAGUUGCAGCAGAAGUGGGGACAUGUAGAAGAAGAUGAGAGUGCUCUGCUGUCACUCCAAGAGACAGUUUGCUCUGUGGUGUUCUCAGCACUCACAGAUCCCAGCGUGCAGCUCCAGCUGGUCGGGAUCAGGGCACUGACUGUCCUGGGCUCUUUGCAAGGCUUCCUGUCUCCCUCUGACCUGGAGCUGGUUGUGGAUCAUCUUGUCCGGCUUGCUCUGCACGAGGAAGAUUCCCAGAGCAGUGAAGCAGCGAUGGAAGCAGCUGGAUCUCUGGCCCCUGUCUACCCAAAAGUUUUCUCUGGGCGCAUGGUGCCUAGGCUUGGAGAGGAGCUGCAGUCAGAGCGGGAGGAGGAGAGCUCCCGGAAUCUCCACUCCUUGCAGCAGCGCUGCCUGCAGGCCUUGGCAGCCGUGUCCACACACACCAGCAUCGUGAGGGAAACUGUCCCUGUGCUGCUGCAGCACCUCCGGAAUGUGCAGAAAGGGAGCGAGGCCGGGAAUGCCCAAGAGGUAGUCUCUGUAUGCCAGAGCCUGCACCGCGUGGCCCUGCAGUGCCAGCAGGACGCGGAGGGCUGCUGGUACUACCACCAGACAGUGGUGCCGUGUCUGCUGGCUAUGGCUGUUCAGGCUGCCACACAAGAGAGCAGCCACCCACUGGUAAGCAAGGUAUUGCUGGAGGAGGAGGUGCUGACUGCCAUGGUCCCUGUUAUCAGCGCUGCCACCACUCACCUUAGCCCUGAGCUGGCUGCCCAGAGCGUAUCUCAUGUGGUGCCCCUCUUCCUGGAUGGAGAAGUCUCCUUUCUGCCCCAAAACAGUUUUCCUUGCUCCUUCCAGCCCUUUGAGGAUGGGGAGUGUUUGGAGCCACAGAGACGCCUAGUUGCCCUCCUCAUGGCCUUUGUCUGUUCCUUACCCCACAAUGUGGUAAUUCCGCAGCAGGAACGGUUGCUCCGGGAACUGCUGGCAUUGAGUUGCUCCUGCAGCUGUCCUUUCACAGCCACCACAGCUUCCAAGUGCUUUGCAGGGCUUGUAAAUAAGCACCCAGCGGGGCAGCAGCUGGAUGAGAUCUUGCAGCUUGCAGUGAACAGGAUGGAGCCUGGCCUUACAGAAGGACCUCACCGAACGCAGGCACUCAUCCUGCUGCUCUGGGUGACCAAAGCCCUGGUGCUGCGCUACCACCCCCUGAGCUCCCAUCUAACAGACAAGCUGCUGGGUCUGCUGAGUGACGUGGAGCUGGGCCCCAUUGCAGCCGAUGGCUUCUCCCUGCUCAUGGCUGAGUCCCCAGAUGUGCUGCACAAGGGCUGCCACGCUGAUGUGCGCAUCAUGUUCCGCCAGCGCUUCUUCACUGACAACGUGCCCAAGCUGGUAGAAGGCUUCCAUGGGGCUGGUGCCGAUGUGAAGGCCAAUUACCUGAAGAGUCUAUCCCAUGUGCUCAACCAUCUUCCCAAGCCUGUGCUGGUGACAGAACUGCCCACGGUGAGAGCUGUCCUCAGUAGAGAGACUGCGGCAGUGCAGGCUGUACAGCGGGGUUACUCACAUUGCCUGUGUCCUCUCUACCCACAGCUGCUUUCCCUCCUGCUUGAGGCCUUGUCCUGCUCAGACCGUGUAGUACAACUCUCCACCCUGAGCUGCCUCCAGCCACUGCUGCUCGAAGCCCCCCAGAUCAUGAGCCUGCACAUCGACACACUGGUCACCAAGUUCCUCAGUCUCGCCUCCAGCCCUGCCAUGGCUGUCCGCAUUGCUGCCCUGCGUUGUGCCCAUGCGCUCACUAGCCUGCCCACAAUAGUGCUGCUCCCAUACAAGGCCCGAGUUAUCCGGGCACUGGCCAAACCUUUGGAUGACAAGAAGAGGCUGGUGCGGAAGGAGGCAGUAGCAGCACGAGGGGAAUGGUUCCUGGUGGGGAGCCCGGGCAGGUGAGCACCCUGCAUCCCCUCCCUGUGCUUACUGACAAUCUGACCAGGACCCUGUCAGUGCCGUGGACCCAGCUUCCCUUGGAGCCUGGUACUGCCUGGA